GCGCAUGCGCCUGAAGUAGAACCCGAAUCACUCGAAGAAGAGGAAUAUGAAGUGGAAGCCAUAGUAAAUCAUAGAUGUAUUAAAUCGAAAAAGAAGGUACACGCUAUUACACACUUUUAAGAGCAUAAAACGAAAAGAAGAAAGAAGAAUGAAGAAAGAGAAGAAACAGGAAACAAUACUCAGAAAUAUUUUAGGGAAAGGGUGGAAAGGUUUUACAAUACUUCAUCAAAUGGAAAAAUUACGUUGAUGCAGAUAACACAUGGGAAGACAUUGACAACGUGUCUGCGCCUGAAUUGGUUGAAGAGUAUUGGAAAGAGCGUGGGGGGGAAGAAGCAUUGAAUGCAUGGAAGAAAACGAUCGCAAGCAACAAGCCGCAACAAAAUGCAACUUCUACAAGAAAAAGAACCACUGUCCCCGAAGUCAAUCCUGCUCAGCCCAGCAGCAGCAGCAGCACACCAGACCAUUCACAGAAGCAAUCGGAAAAAAUUUCUGCUCCUAGCCUUUCUUCUGGUAGCUCGGAUGCUGAUAAAAAUAAAGGAGGUGUUCAAUCUCAUUCUUCCGGAGAGUCUAAAAAGACAUCAUCGAAUACAACUAUUGAAAAGAAGGAGAAAGGACAUAAAAAUUCGCCUAAAAAUUCAGAACCAUCAACUGUUAGGCCUACAGUACCUUCUACAAGCGUGCCCAUAGAGAAAUCCUUGAAACGUAUCCUGGAAGAAACCACUCGAGCACAUGCCAAAAAAGCUCGUAUUGAUAAAGAGGCAAAAGCGAUGAAGUCAUUGAAAGGGAAAGAACGGGAUGACAUGGAAAUUGAUGACGAUACACUUGACAUGAUAAACACCACAAGCAAAGAAACUCCUU